CGGCCUGAGUGACCAGACCAUGGAGAUCCUGCUUGGUGGCCUGCUGGCGUUUGGCAUGGCGUUUGCUGUGGUCGACGCCUGUCCCAAGUACUGCGUCUGUCAGAACCUGUCUGAGUCACUGGGGACCCUGUGCCCCUCCAAGGGGCUGCUCUUCGUGCCGCCAGACAUUGAUCGGCGGACAGUGGAGCUGCGUCUGGGUGGCAAUUUCAUCAUCCACAUUGGCCGCCAGGACUUCGCCAACAUGACGGGGCUGGUGGACCUGACCCUGUCCAGGAACACUAUCAGUCACAUCCAGCCCUUCUCCUUCCUGGACCUGGAGAGCCUGCGCUCCCUGCACCUCGACAGCAACCGGCUGCCCAGCCUCGGGGAGGACACGCUGCGGGGCCUGGUCAACCUGCAGCAUCUCAUCGUGAACAACAACCAGCUGGGCGGCAUCGCGGAGGAGGCCUUUGAGGACUUCCUGCUGACCCUGGAGGACUUGGACCUCUCUUACAACAACCUCCACGGGCUGCCCUGGGGCUCUGUGCGGCGCAUGAUCAACCUGCAUCAGCUGAGCCUCGACCACAACCUGCUGGACCACAUCGCCGAGGGCACCUUCACCGACCUGCAGAAACUGGCCCGCCUGGACCUCACCUCCAACCGGCUGCAAAAGCUGCCUCCGGACCCCAUCUUCGCCCGCUCCCAGGCCUCAGCUCUGACUGCCACGCCCUUCGCCCCACCCCUGUCCUUUAGUUUCGGGGGCAACCCCCUGCACUGUAACUGUGAGCUUCUCUGGCUCCGCAGGCUGGAGCGGGACGACGACCUGGAGACGUGCGGCUCCCCGGGGGGCCUUAAGGGCCGCUACUUCUGGCACGUGCGCGAGGAGGAGUUUGUGUGCGAACCGCCACUCAUCACCCAGCACACGCACAAGCUGCUUGUCCUGGAGGGCCAGGCGGCCACGCUCAAGUGCAAGGCCAUCGGGGACCCCAGCCCCCUCAUCCACUGGGUGGCCCCCGAUGACCGCCUGGUGGGGAAUUCCUCCAGGACCGCCGUGUAUGACAAUGGCACCCUGGACAUUCUCAUCACCACGUCUCAGGACAGCGGCGCCUUCACCUGCAUCGCCGCCAAUGCCGCCGGGGAGGCCACGGCCACGGUGGAGGUCUCCAUUGUCCAGCUGCCGCACCUCAGCAACAGCACCAGCCGGGCGGCGCCCCCCAAGUCCCGCCUCUCGGACAUCACCGGCUCCAGCAAGACCAGCCGCGGAGGUGGAGGAAGUGGGGGCGGGGAGCCUCCCAAAAGCCCCCCGGAACGGGCUGUGCUGGUGUCCGACGUGACCACCACCUCGGCCCUGGUCAAGUGGUCGGUCAGCAAGUCUGCCCCGCGCGUGAAAAUGUACCAGCUGCAGUACAACUGCUCCGACGAUGAGGUACUGAUUUACAGGAUGAUCCCAGCCUCCAACAAGGCCUUUGUGGUCAACAACCUUGUGUCCGGGACUGGCUACGACCUGUGCGUGCUGGCCAUGUGGGACGACACGGCCACCACGCUCACGGCUACCAACAUCGUGGGCUGCGCCCAGUUCUUCACCAAGGCCGACUACCCGCAGUGCCAGUCCAUGCACAGCCAGAUCCUGGGCGGCACCAUGAUCCUGGUCAUCGGCGGCAUCAUCGUGGCCACGCUGCUGGUCUUCAUCGUCAUCCUCAUGGUGCGCUACAAGGUCUGCAACCAGGAGGGCGCGGGGAAGCCCGCGGCGGCCGUCACCAACGUGCACUCCCAGACCAACGGGGCCCAGCCGCCCGCUCUGGGCAGCGUGCCCAGCGGGGCCCCCGUGCCCGGACCGCCCAAGGUGGUGGUGCGCAACGAGCUCAUGGACUUCAGUGCCAGCCUGGCCCGAGGCAGCGACUCCUCUUCCUCCAGUUCCCUGGGCAUCGGGGAGGGGCUGGGACGGGGCCCCUGGAGGCUCCCACCCCCUGCCCCCCGCCCCAAGCCCAACCUUGACCGCCUCAUGGGGGCCUUCGCCUCCUUGGACCUCAAAAGUCAGAGAAAGGAGGAGCUGCUGGACUCCAGGACUCCAGGCGGGAGGGGGUCUGGGACGUCGGCCAAGGGCCACCCCUCGGACCGAGAGCCACUGCUGGGGCCGCCCGCGGCCAGGGCCAGGAGCCUGCUCCCCUUGCCCCUGGAGGGCAAGGCCAAACGCAGCCACUCCUUCGACAUGGGGGACUUUGCGGCCGCGGCUACCGGAGGGGUCGCCCCCGGUGGCUACAGCCCCCCACGGAGGGUCUCGAACAUCUGGACAAAGCGCAGCCUCUCUGUAAAUGGCAUGCUCUUGCCCUUCGAGGAGAGUGGGCUGGUGGGGGCCCGAGGAACUUUUGGCAGCUCCGAGUGGGUGAUGGAGAGCACGGUGUAGGCCUGGGGGUGGGCCUCCUCCCUCCCACCCUACCAGGGUGGGGGAAGGGGAAGCAUCUUUACCCACAAGUCUUUGUGGAGUUUCCAUGGUGAUGUUUACAUCCAGGGACCAUUUUGUCUCCCUGUCAACGGCCUCCCCCCUCCCCACUACGCCACCCACACACACCUUCCCAGGCCCGUCCCCCACCACCCGUCGGGGUGUGCUCAGGGAAAGCGGACUCGAUCGCUCACAUGUCAGACUGAGCCCUGAGUGUUUGGAAAGGCAGGGCUCCUGCCCUUCUAAUCACAAAUGUAGCCUAUAAGCAAGCGGCUUUGGAUUGCG